AUGUACGUUAUUACGGGUGCAACAGGUCAUGUUGGCUCCUCCAUCGUCGACCAACUACUGUCACAAUCAGUCCCAGUCCGUGCAGUCAUUCGUUCUGAAACCAAAGCAGAAUCCUUUACAUCCCGUAAUGUAGAAGUUGCCCUCGCCGAUUUAACGAACACCGACGCAUUGGCCAAAGCAUUUCAAGGAGCAAAAGUCGUUUUUGUAAUAAAUCCUCCAGCUUAUGCCAGUUCGAAUAUGCAAGCCGUUGCAGUCAAGGUUAGCAACGCCCUGGCUUUAGCCGUUAAAGCAGCACAAGUGCCGCGUAUCGUUAUUUUGAGCUCAAUAGGUGCGGAGAGAAGUUCAGGCACAGGAUCCAUUCGAACCACACAUAUAUUAGAAGAAGCAUUGAAGGGAACCGCUCCCCAGGUUGUAAUUGUUCGUUGUGCUGCGUUUAUAGAAAAUUGGUUAAGCUCCGUUUUAGCAAUCAAAGCAGGACAGUCACCUGUGUUAAAUUCCAUGUAUCAGAAACUAGAUCACAAAAUUCCUCAUAUAGCCACGGAUGAUAUUGGACGCGUUGUUGCCGAAUAUUUGACUAAGUCAGAUGGAGAAGUUGCCAAAUCUGUCUUGAUCGAGUUGGAGGGACCUGAACCUUAUAGUCCAAAUGAUGUUGCAAAGUUGAUUAGCAAGACUUUAGGUAAGACUAUUCCAGCUAUUGCAAUGAGUGACGAUAUGAUAUGGGAACUUUGCGAUCAGCUUGGAUGGCCAAAAACGACUGGAGAUAAUUUUAUUGAGAUGAUGAAAGCAUACGAUAACAGCAUAAUUUAUUGGACGACGAAUGAAAAUUCCAUUAGAGUGAAAGGUAAACUCACUUUGGAUGAUGUUCUUGGUAAAGUUUUGAACUAA